UGAGGUGCUGUGCUUUUGUUCUGUAACCCUACUUCAGGACCACAGUUGAUCAGAGAGGCCAUCUGUAGACUGCCUGGAAGCUCAUCACUUGUAUGACCCUGACUGAAUGAAGACUAUCAGACAAAUCAGUCGUAAAUGAGCAUGGAGAGUAUGAUCCAAUGUGACUCCCAGCUGGAGGCUAUCUGCAGUUCUUGGCACCAUGUUAUCUGCCCUGGUAUACGGAGUGCGUUGAUUGACAGACAGGCUUGCUCAUGUGCUGGACUAUAUAUAGUUCACCUUGGCUAUUCUGAGGGUCAGGAGGCAGUCAGCCCAGGUUGGUAAUAGCAGUGUCUCCGAGCCCUCUCCCUGAGGACUGCCACACAGCUAACCCUUCGAAGGCCUGCUGCUCCACCUCACUUGCUUCUUACCUGGCUGAUCAGAGAAACCAGCUGGCAUACAGAAUGGCUUUCUUUUUGGUGUGGGUUAGCCUACUUCUACUUCUUCAUGCUGCAGCAUCAGCAGACGAGGUGCGGGCCCACCCGUUCACUGACGUGAGCCUUGACUGCGAAUUCUCCUUCAUAGACAGCACAGAGAACCUUGAGUUUUACUGGGAAAGAGAAGACAUAAUCGAAGAGUAUGACGCGGAGGAUCGUGAGUUUUAUCGAUUUUUCAGGUACUACGACUUCUUUCAAGUUUUCACCAAGGUGGUUUACCAGUUUUAUGACAACGAAGAGCAACUCGAAGACCAGAAUGCCUUAUAUGAAGGACGAGUCUCUGUGGAUCAGAGUGAGAUUUCUGAGGGCAUCCUGACCCUUCAACUGCAAAACGUGGAUUUCUCGGACGAAGCCUUGUACAAGUGCAGAGCUGUCAGCCCCAAUGGGAGAGGAGAGAGCACAGUCAAGCUGAUAGUGGAAGAUUCUGAAACGCCCCAGGUGAAGUUUGACAAGAUCGAUGAUGAAGAUGUGGUUACGUGCACAUCCAAAGGCUGGUACCUCACACCCAAUGUGACCUGGUUGGACCGGGGAGAGAGGGACCUGAGCAACCACAGUACGGUGGAGAUCCUGGAGGAGCAGAUGAACGGCUUGUACAGAGUGUACUCUGUCCUCAGAUAUCCAGUCAAGUUAAAUGAAAAAUACGUCUGCCACAUCACAGAGACGAACGAAAACAACCGGCCAAUCAGAUCCAUCCGGCGGUAUCCAAAGAAAAGAUUCAAUGAGAAUAACUACUAUUAAAAGAUUUGAAUGAAGGCUGGAAAGACAGCUCAGAGUUUAAGCGCACUGACUACUCUUCUAGAGGUCCUGAGUUUAAUUCCCAGCAAC